AUGACGAUCGGCGCCCUGCUUGCGUCAGUGGCCUCCGCCACCCGAGUCACCGAGCGGCAGCCGCCGCAGCCGGACGACGGGGUGAAAGACGACGGGGUGAAAGGGGCCUUGCACGGUGCGCCGAAGCCGGUGACUCGGGAAGAGGCUUUUGCUCUGGCGGCUGCGUUAGCAGCAUCCACCGGGACGACGGUAGACAAGGACGAGCACUUGCGCACAUUGCAAGACGAGUACUACUUCAGGUAUACACAGACUCUGCUGCCGUCGGACGAGCGCCGUAAGGAGCUGUGGGCAAAACUGCGGACGCAGUGGCACCGGGCCAAUGACGAUCCAAACAGGCCCUCGCGGCGCAGCCACAAGAGGCGCAACGCCGACACCACCAACGAGGCGAUUCCUGCUGCCCGACCACGCGGUGCAUGGUCGCAGGCGGCGAUUGCCGCUGCCGCCCCCAUGCUUUCAAUCGCGCAGGCUGCCGCUGCCGCCCCCAUGCCGCUGCCGAUGCCGGUUCUUGCCGCGCAGACUGCCGCCUACGUCGUCCCCGGCCUUACCUACCCCGCCACUGCCCUCGCUGGCUUGUCGCUGUUGCCGUAUCUCAGCCAAACCGCCGCCGCUCUCGGGCAGCCUGUGUACUAUGCCAUGGCAGUAGAGCGAACGAGAUACCAGCUCGAGCUUCAUGCACGGACGCAGCAGGCCGAUGCAGCGAAGCAGCAGGCCGAUGCAGAGCUAGCCAGCGCCAUAGCCAGAACCCAGGUUCUCGAAGCCAGGGGGGCCGCAGAGUGGGCCCGGUGGCACAAGCAGAGCCAGUCUGGUCCAUGCCGGCAGCCCUCAAAGCCCUUGCCCGUUGCGGACAUCACCACCUACCCGCCCGCGGCACAGCAGCAGUUUGAGGCUGAGGCAGAGAGGAGGGCAUCCGAGGCGUUGGCGGAGGCAGCUGAGGGUGAGAGCGAGGUCGAGGGGUGCAUCGACCUGGACGAAGAGAGUGAAGUGGAGGAGGUGGCACCGCCACCGCCACCACCACGCGUCUCUUUUGUGGUGUCGGAUGGCGAGGACGAGGUGCAGGGCACAGCAUCAGCGGGUGGCCUGCACGAGCUACCGCACCUUCGCGCGUGUUGUUUACAACACCCUUUCGUGCGGACCCACGGCAAGCGGCCGCACCAGGGCAAUGCUGCGACUUGCAGCCGUUGCUACUGCUACAUCUGCGAUCGGCCUGCCGCGGAGUGCCCACGGUGGCGGAGCGAGGACCCGAAAGCACCGAGCCACUGCAAUGCACAUAGCGGGCACAAGCAGUGGCGGCUGCUGCAAGGCCGUGCCAAGAGGCAGCGCGAAAGGGGUGUGUCGGCGUGA